UGGGGGGAUCAAGUAUGCAUCCGAUCAUUGGGACAUCCACCGUCGCAACUAUACAAUCUCCAAGUGCCAUAUUUCUAUCGAUUCGCUAUGUCUGUUCUUGAUGAGUUUGUGUUCGGCUCGCCUCUUUAUACCGCUGGUGCAUGUCUGAUCGCCUUCUUGAUAUACAAGGCAACCACAUACACGGAUAUACCGCACAUUAAGGGCCUUCCAGAAAUUCCUGGUGCUUGGCCAAUCGUUGGUCACUUACUAAAGCUUGGAGAAGACCAUGCCACGACUUGCGAGAAGUGGUGGAGACAAUAUGAUCACUCCGUGUUCCAAAUUCGCCUCGGAAACACUCGUGCAGUCGUAGUGAACUCCUUCGAAGAUGCCAGAAAAAUGCUCGUCGGCCAUCAAUCAGCUCUCAUUGAUCGUCCAAAACUGUAUACUUUCCAUGGAGUCAUAUCUUCUACUCAAGGCUUCACCAUUGGCUCGUCACCAUGGGACGACAGUUGCAAAAAUCGCCGCAAGGCAGCUGGGACCGCUCUAGGUCGUUCUAUGAUGCGAGGCUAUUUCCCGAUGCUAGAUCUAGAGUCAUACUGUAUCGUCAGAGACCUCGAACGAGACAGUAACAACGGAGCAACUGAGAUCAGCAUUCGACCAUACAUCCAGCGGUAUGCGUUGAACACAACGCUGACGCUCUGCUACGGGAUCCGUAUGGAUACAGUCUACGACACCCUCUUACGUGAGAUUCUGCAUGUGGGAUCAGCCAUCUCACUUCUGCGGUCAGCCAGCGAGAAUUAUCAGGAUUAUAUACCUGUAUUGAGAUAUCUUCCAAAUAACAAGAAGAAUGCGUACUCCAAAGAACUACGAGGAAGACGAGAUGCUUAUCUCAAUCUUCUAUUGGAUAAAGUCCGUGUCAUGAUAGACAAGGGGACAGACAAGCCUUGUAUCUCCGCGGCUAUUCUCAAAGAUCAAGAAACAAAGCUCACUGGGGUCGAAGUCAGCUCCAUCUGCUUGUCUCUUGUCUCCGGUGGCUUUGAGACGAUACCUGGUACUCUUACCUCGUGUAUCGGAUCUCUCGCAACACCCGAAGGGCAGAUAUUUCAAGAGCGAGCUUACCAAGACAUCAAACAACACUAUCCAAACACUGAAGAUGCUUGGACUAACAGCUACCAAGAGGAGAAGGUGCCAUAUCUCAAUGCCAUUGUCAAAGAAGCUGGCCGCUAUUACACCGUCAGCUCGAUGAGCCUUCCCAGGAAAACAGUCACCGAAGUCAUGUGGAAUGGUGCCCGAAUCCCACCAAAGACCAUGGUCUUGAUCAAUGCUCAAGCUGGCAAUCAUGAUACCGAUCAUUUUGGUCCGACAGCCAACAAGUUCGAUCCCGAGCGAUGGCUCGAAGAUACAUCGGAAGGCUCCACUUUCGCGGAGAAGCCAUCACAAGGCCUCGCUCAUCUAUCGUUCGGAGCUGGAGCAAGAGCUUGUUCAGGGCAGAUCAUGGCACAGCGCCUUCUAUACUCAUCGCUCAUCCGGAUCAUCUCGUCCUAUCGGAUCGUGGCAAGUGAAUCAGAGCCACCAAACACAGACUAUAUCGAUUACAACCAGUUCAAGACGGCCUUGGUAGCGAUUCCUCGAGACUUCAAAGUGAAGCUGAUCCCGAGAGACAAGGAGGGUACUGAGGCCUGCCUAGCAUCUGCAAAGGCUCGGACUAGCGAGUUCUACAAGGAAGAAUGAUGGAACCGGGAGGAAAAGUGGACAGCACUUGUACUUCAUUAAGGGGGACUUGACAGUGUAACGGAGAGUAGAGUUUGAGCGGAUUGGCUCUCGUGUAUGCUCCUCGAUACAUCUAAAUUCUACCCUAAAUCAAUGAUCUGAUAUGGAGCGUCAGGGAUUUUACUUCAUGAACGAAGGUGUGAAUCGAGCGUUGUAAAGCGGCACAGACAAUCAAGCUGUACUAGAGCGC